AUGUCUAGCUGCCCUCCAAAGAAUGAUCCAUGUGCCCAAAUAUGUCCGCCACCACCACCGAAGCCAGCAUGUCUAGUUAAACCCGUAAUGAAACGUCUACACUGGAAGCAAACAAUAGCAACUAUCUACCAAGCCUUAUUUUUUAGCUGUUGUGCUGGAGCAUGUGUAUAUUUCUUUAUUGGAAGACCAAGGCGUGCUGCAUACAAGGAGUACUAUGCGAGAGGUGAAUUCGAAGACUGGGCUAAUGAAAUGGCUCGAAAAGGAUUGUUUCAGGCAGUUCCUAAAGAUAGCUUGAAGGAUAAUAAAUUGAGUGGUAUUAAGCGGAAUGUGACAUUGUAUGAUAGCAUGGCAGCGGACAGCGAUGGGCUAGGGUCUUGCGGCGUUGGCUCUUGUGGCGUUGUGGUGACAUGCGAGGGGGACUUGCGUGACCCCCGCUUCCCCGCGCGCCUCCGCCGUCUGCUGCGCGAGCUCAGGCAGCUUCUCGCCGAGCCUCAUCCUCACACGCUCAAAGUCAACAAGGUGGAGCCUUGGAACUCGGUCCGCGUGACGCUGUCAGUGCCGCGCGCGGCUGCGGCCCGGUUGCGUGCGCUGGCGGCGGCCGGUGCUCCGCAGCUACGCGCUCUCGGCAUCUUAUCCGUGCAAUUGGACGGCGAUGCGGCCGUCUCUUUGCGCUUGCAGCACGGCGCGGAGCUAAGAAUCAACACUGAAGCCGAUGAUGCGGGUACAUCUAGGUCGCAGCCUAACGAGCUCCUAUCCAGUUUGGGGGGCAUCGGGCGGCUAUUGGCCGAUGACGGCGCCUCGACAAGCAGCGGGGAGCCAGCCCAACCUCGUGACAAUUUCAAAUCGCCGAACACAGUGUGCCCCAUGGACGGCAAGAUACCGCAGAACAUUCCCACCCCCACCUCAGACCGAUGCGAAUUCCCCUUCGGCAGUAUGACGCAGGCGAGGGUGAUACACCGCAAGGAGAAUACUCUAGGUUUAACAGCGACCCCUUUGCGGGCGGCGACCCCAGACACACAAUUCGCUCGCCCUUCAACGUCGUCGUUUCCAGGGCCGCCCCCGCCUUACCCCGCGCCCUCGACUCCCGCCCCACCACCACCAUCGCCUUCCCCAGCGCCGGCCCAUACGGUGGCUAUGUCCUCACCGCUGCUCGUUAAUUUGCUCCAAAACGAUGCGCCGACGCCCCAGCCCAGACCUAAAGCGCCCCAUCUCGCUAAACUUGACCGUCUUGAAGACUCCCAGGUUGAACUGGCAGUCGGCCGUGCACCGUUCGAGUAUCGUGGUGCGCGCCCAACGAUUCGGCCGCCUGCGCCGACCUCAGCGCCAAUACCUUCGCCAUCUUCCCCUCGGCCGCGGCCGAACUUUAUUCGGCGGGCUUUCGUGACUCAGUACCGUCAGCCCGCAGCGGUGGUCACCAGACAACGGUUUCCCUAUGAGUUUCCCCCGCCUCCGCCCCCCUACAGGCAAGCAACGCCGCGACCGCGAACGCAGCCUCCGAGGGUUACACAGGAAGACCUCCAGGCAUUGUUGCCUCCGCCGCCUACGUCUAUGGACCAAAAAACGCAGUCCAGUUUCCAGGAGUUCCAACGAUAUCAACAGCAGUACAAUGCACGUCAGCGCGCGGCGUCCCGCGCAGCGACUACGCCCCAGCCGGACUGGAAUGAGCCGUACCGGGACACGCUCGGGCUCUCCCUUCCAGACCUGCCCGACACCUGCGACCUUGACCAGCUGCUGCCCUCCCUUCCACCAGACCUCAACCUAGAUGACACCGCCCUCUCUGCCAUUUCGGACCUCGACUCCAAUAAGCUCGACCUUCUGUAUGAACAGGAGCAUUCUAAUCCUGAUGCGCUCUUGCAAGAAAUCACAGGCGUUCAGUACCCCAUCAAUGGUCCCUGCGAUGCUCCAACUCAGAGCGAAGUGCCUAAAGAAACUUUCGAGGACAGUUUCAUGCCGCCGCCACCGCCGCCCGUGCCUUCAAAGUUCAAUAGUCCAAAUCAUAUUCAAAUUCAGAAUCCACCAUUCAAAUCACCUCCAAAUACGUCGACUAUGGACAGGUUAGUAAAUCACUCGACGGCGAUGCCUCCACCGCUGAGACUACCCAUUCGAGCGACGGCGUCUGUCUCUACGGCGACGGUCGGCUCUCAAGCGACAGCUCAAGAAAUAGAAGAACAGAGCAAGAGGUAUCUAAUCAAAACCCUAAUGCGGGAUGACGAACCACCCCCUCCGCCACCGCCUAAAGAACCUGAGAAGAAACCUGACGAAGUAAUAGUCGCUCAAUGUAAAGUGAAAGAAACUGACACCGAAACAUCUGAGAUUUUUUCUAAAACUGAGGAUGAUAAGAAGGACGAUGACAAAUCAAAGAGCAAAGUGAUCGCAAAGAAGGACGCAAGGGAUGACAAAUUAGUCGCGCAGAAAGGUGGAAAGCCAAGAACGGGUGGGGCGAAGGAGAAACCAGCUGUGUUAAAAGAUAAAAUCGUCCGCGAUGGGAAAUCUGCCAAAGUUGCCUUAACGCGACCUCAUGUCGCAAAACCGUCGACACCUACCAACGAGGCGCCAAAGUCGCCUUCUGGUGAAAAGGAGUCAAUCAAAUUGCGUCUAAAACUCGACAAAAACGAGCCGGUCGUACAGCCUGUGUACAAAGCGGAUGUUAGUUUCAUUAAUCAGCCACCUAAAGCUGACAAACCAACAGAGACAGAACCCAGAGUGCCUCCUCUUCACAUAAGUCUAAGGGGUAGGAAUUCUAAAGUAAUCACGAAUUCAAAGAAAGAAAAGAAAAAGUUUGCCCCUGGUGAUAUACAUAAAAAAAUAAAAAUAAGGAAAUCCAUUGAGUCAGAUGAUAAAAUGCACAGAAGAGAUUCAGAUGAAUCCCUGGCCACUAAAUCAAGUGAUAGCACAGAGAAUUCAAAAACUGAUGAAUAUUUACACGUCAAGAAUAUGAAACUCAACAAUCACUAUGAUGGAGAUACAAUAAAAACAGAGGUCACAGGGGACAAUAAUGUAGUCUACAGAAUGAAGACUAUAUCGAAAAAUGCACAUAUAGUCACAAAACACGACUAUAAAUUAAAUAACAAAAUUCAGAACUUGGAUAUGAAGCUGAAAAAGAAAUCGAAGCUUUUAAGUGAUGGUAAAGUGGUGGAGAAGGAAAGAGAUAAAGAGUGGAGGAAUGAUUUACUAGACAAAGAGGGGAAAUAUGCCCAAAAUGAAGGGUACAGAGAGACAAACAAUCAUGAGGCAAAAAAGAAGUUACCAGGGAAGGAAAAAGAUGGAAAAUGUGAUAUUAAAUCCAGUGAAGUGCAAUCAGGUGAGACAGAGUGUAACAAAGACGGUGCUAGUGAGUGUGAGAGACUGUGUCAUAGUGAACGGACGCUCAGUGAGAACAAGGAGGAGAAUAAGUUAAAACGGACACUCACGGAUAGUGCAAUUACCUCGCCCAAUGGGCUACUGUCUUCUGAGAAGAAGAGGAAAACUACACAUAGUUCCUGCCCAGAUCCUCCUGGAUCGACAAACGUAGGCACAGUAGGCGGUACUAGAGUGGACUCUUCUCCGCCUGCCUCUAGUCAGCGAACCGGCGCACUCUCCCCGAGGAGAAAAGAGAGACCUAAAGACAAGUCGUACUGUAAGCUCGUCGCAGAGAGGACCGCAAGACCUGAAGCAGAGAAAUUCACUAACAGAUCGCCUAACUCUCAAGCGCAAGGCGAAGAUUCAGGCAUAGAGUCAAUGGACGCACUUUCAGAGAAAUCUCCUAACCAAGCCAGCCAAUCGCCUCCCGGGCCCCAGAGGAAAGAACGCCUCGACAUGCCUAGAUCCACGAGUCCGACCUCAGUCCAAAGGAUAAUCGGUGUCAUUGACCCGGCGCCGGCUUCCGACGAACUCUUAGAAAGACUAUCGUUAGCUACUGGGCAGCCUCAUUACGACCCCGGACCUCCAGAUAUUGACGAUAUGGGUGAUAUAGAGGCGGAAUUAGCGAAAAUGCACGCGGACCACAUUAACGGCGACGAUGCGCCUAGACGACCGCCAGACGAUAGCAGUCAGACCAAAGAAGUUAAGAGAACUCCUACUCCCAUUCUCAGAGAUGACGAAAAGCCGCCUAGCCAAAGCAUAGACAGAGGAGAGGACAAGAACGCGUCAAAGGAUCGCAAAGAUGACGUUAAACUAGAAUGUAAUAUUGCUCAAAACGAUGACAUCGUCAAACAGGAAGUGAAUGUUUCAUCGAAAAAAGAGAAGGGUGUGGAGGAUUUUGACCAUUUACCUAGCAGAGUUUCACCCCCUCUGUAUACAUAUUCGAAUCAAGAGAAAGCUAUGAGCGAUGGAGUAGAAAUAAAGGAUGAAAAAGCGGCCGUGUCCGAGAACGGUGAAAGCAAAAUCUCGGAAGUGGAAAAGGAGAAGUCAGAAGCGAAACUCGAAAGAUUGCCACUGAAAGCAGACUUUCCUGAUAAAAGUUUACUGGAGCAAUUGCUUAUUGAGAUACCGACACCGGAUUACGUAGGGAAGAGGCCCGAAUCGCCGUCGCCGUCGGCUCUAGAGAGAGUAGCGCGAAGCAGUGUACGAACUAGAUCGAGUAGCAAAAUGAACAGUCCGGCCGAUGGACCGAAAACACCGCGGCUUAGUCCAGGCUUAAGCAAACUGGAAAGAUCCGACUCGCCGGCUUUACAACCUAGAAAUUGUCUUAGAAGCGGAUCCGUAGAUAAAACUAGUCCCAAAGGUGCCGCCGUCACGAACGCGGCACCAAAACCGGCGCCGGGGGCGAAGAGAAAACGUCGAGAGUCAGAAAGUUCGUGUACUUCAACUGUUAGUAUAGAGGAAGGCUUGUCCCCGGGUCGGCUUAAGAAGAAACCGCGACGGGUCGACCAGAAGUCUGGUGGGCCGGCGGUGGCGAUAGGUGGUAAAGUGAAAAAGGACUCGGACAGUGAUAGUGAUGAACCGUUGAUAUGUAAGGUGCGGGGCAAGGGUGUGAAGACAGUAAAAGCUGGAGUAAAGGUGGUGAAGGGUGGCGAGGGCGUUGGGACGCGGAGAUCGGUGCGACACGGGGCGACGCCUGCACCGCCCGUGCCCGUACCUGCCCCUGCGCCGGCACCUCCAACUGCGACGGCGCUCAGGCGGAAGACGAGAAGUGCUGUGGGGGAAGGUGCAACGGCCAGUCCUGGCGCGGUGCGCAGACGGCGGGCAUCCCGCGAUGGCAAUAAUUCCGAAUUUGUCAUUAACAAAAGAUGGCUGGAGAAAGUGCAGUGUCUACAAUCACCAAGCCUGUAA